CGUUUCUUAACAUUUUAAUUGGAAACCAUCAAAUCAAUCACGUGUAUUGUGUACAUUUUUAUUCAAUUUCAACAGCAGGUAUUUGUCUUUAAGGUGGUAAGUUGAACUGUGUAAAUUAUGUGGAUCGUGCAUUUGAGGUUAAAUUCACCACUCUGCCCAUAGUUAAAAAUGCCUAGAGGACGACGUGCGAACAUCGGCCGCCGCACAAGACAUGCAAGUCAGCAACAAGUGUAUUCACAGAACUUAAGCGAAGAAAGACAAAAUAUAAUAAGAUAAAAUGCCCGAUUGAGACAACGCGUGAGCACACGAAGAUCAUUGGCAUCAUACAAUCGCUUGGCAUUCCAAUAUGAUCCCACUGCGAACUACAGUGAUGAUGAAAAUUUAAAUAUUGGACCAAUGACGACUGUAUGCCGAUAUUGCAAUGCGUUAAAGUUCAAAAGAGAAACGGCUGGAUUGUGCUGCGCAAGUGGAAAAGUCAAACUGGAUCCAUUACUUACACCACCACAGCCACUGAAACCAUUGUUCGAUGGAAGUGAUCCCGAUUCCAGCCAUUUUCUUCAACACAUCCUUGAAUACAAUAACUGCUUUCGCAUGACUUCCUUUGGAGCUAAUAUCAUUCGACAAGGCGGCUUCAUGCCGACUUGCAAGAUACAAGGACAAAUAUAUCAUUUGCAUGGUUCAAUGGUGCCAACACCAGAUGAACCGCAUCAAUUUCUGCAAAUAUAUUUCAUUUCGUCGAUGGUGGAUCAGCUGAAUGUGCGGUGUAAUAUUCAGGGAACACAACAGUUGAAGAGACGGAUUAUUGAACAAUUGCAAGCAUUUUUUCACGCUAAUAACGCUGUGGUUAAUAUGUUCAAAACAGCAUUGGAACGAAUGCCAUCGGAUACGCACAAAUUUGUCAUAAGAGCGGAUUGUACCCCAACAGGUGAACAUGUGCGAAGAUUCAAUGCACCCACCGUUAAUGAUGUUGCUGCAAUUAUUGUUGGCGAUCCAACUAAAUCGCGAGACAUUGUCGUUCAGUGAAGAAGCAAUAUCAUGCAUCGUGUAAACAAGACACAUCGUUUGUACGAUGCGUUACAAUAUCCAAUCAUUUAUUGGCAAGGGCAAGACGGAUACGACAUCACGUUGAAGAUGGUCGAUCCAAUUACAAGCGUAUCAACGAAUAAAAAUCUAAGCGCAAUGAAUUACUAUGCGUAUCGUAUGAUGAUUCGUACACAUGAGGAGAAUGUCAUUCUGAAGUGCCGUCGGCUAUUCCAGCAAUUCGCUGUCGACAUGUAUGUCAAAGUCGAGACAGAACGUUUAGCGUUCAUCCGAUUCAAUCAGGCAAAGCUACGAUCUGAGGACUAUAUACACUUACGUGAUGCUAUUCAUUCAGAUGGUGAUGUUCAGAGUAUUGGACGUCUGACGAUUCUCCCAUCAUCUUAUAUCGGAAGCCCACGCCACAUGCAUGAAUACGCUCAAGACGCUAUGACAUACGUGCGAAAUUAUGGAACUCCCGAUUUAUUUAUUACGUUCACAUGCAAUCCGAAGUGGACGGAAAUUGAACGUGAGUUGGAACCGGGCCAAAAACCGCAAGAUCGCCAUGACAUAAUCGCCAGAGUAUUUCAGCAAAAACUCAAGGUUAUGAUGGAUGUGCUUACUAAGUAUCGAGUUUUUGGUGACACACGUUGUUAUAUGUACUCGGUGGAAUGGCAGAAGCGUGGACUACCGCAUGCUCAUACCCUAACUUGGUUGCUGAACAAAUUACAUUCAAAUGAAGUGGAUGACAUCAUAUCAGCUGAAAUUCCUGAUCCAGUCACUGAUCCCCAUCUACACGACAUUGUGACGACACAGAUGGUGCAUGGACCGUGCGGUGCAUUAAAUCCAUUAUCGCCUUGCAUGACUGAUGGAAAGUGCACAAAACGAUAUCCGCGACCGUUAGUUGCUGAAACAGUUACAGGGAACGAUGGAUAUCCAGUAUAUCGUCGGCGUUCAAAAGAAGAUAAUGGUCGAACUAUCAAAGUUAAAGUUCAAAAUCAAGAGAUUGAGAUCGGAAAUGAAUUCAUUGUACCAUAUUGCCCGCUACUAUCACGAAUUUUCGAAACACAUGUAAACGUUGAGAGUUGUCAUUCGGCCAAAUCAAUCAAAUAUUUGUGCAAGUACGUCACAAAAGGCAGCGACAUGGCUGUGUUUGGUAUUGCGUCGGAAAAUGCGAAUGACGAAAUCAGCAACUUCCGAAUGGGCAGAUACGUCAGUACUAAUGAAGCGAUUAUUUUCAUUUCUAAUUCAUGAAAGAUAUCCCACAGUUGUACAUUUAGCAGUGCAUUUGGAAAAUGGCCAAAGAGUUUACUUCACUGAAGCUAAUGCAGCACAACGAGCUGAGAGACCACCAUCGACAACAUUGACUAGCUUCUUUGCAAUGUGUGAAGCAGAUCCAUUCGCAGCGACGCUGAUGUACGUUGAAAUGCCUAAGUAUUACACUUGGAAUCAAUCAACAAAGAAAU